GGCUGGCCCUCUCCAGCCUUGGGAGACUGGAGAUUCUGAUUCUGUGGUUCAAGGCCUCGCAUGGGCAAGGCCUGGCCUGGGGUCACUGGCCUCGCGCGCAGGAGUCCGGGCCAAGGCGAGGUUUUGCCAAGGUUGGCAUCUAAGACAUGUAGAGACAAAGCUGCCUGUGCUGCCCCGAUUGCAUUAGCCGUGGCAGAGAAGUGUGGGCAUCAGCGCCAGGACUUGGGGCCCAGACCCUGGUUUUCUAUAGGUGAGUACCCCCUACUGGGUUUUUGGCUAUUUGGAUAUCAGGUGGCUUCUGACAGUUUUUGAGAUGCUUGACCUGAGGACAUGAAAGGGGAGCUGAUAGAGGACCAACUCCCUGUCUCGUCAUCACAUCCUGCAAGGGCCCAUCUCCCCUGCCCAUGGGCAGUGCCAGCGUCAGAUUCCCUGCGUCGAGGACGGGGGCCACAGGAAGCCAGUUUAUUUUGGAGUUGGGAAUUCUCCUGGGCUAGUUGCUGCACGCCCACCGAGCCAGUUCUCUGACCCAGGAGGGAUGGAGCAUCUCGGAAAUAAGAUCUGGGCGGUAUAGUCCCAGAGGAUGGUGGGUGGGAGAGUCAACAGUGUGUUUUCACUGCAAAAGCCUCUCGUGAGCUCAGACUUGGAGAGACAUGGAUGGAAGCCAGAGAGAGAAGCCAGGACGGGAUACUUUCACUUUCUUGAAAAUUAAAAUGAACACUGUUCCAGGCUGUCCUGGGGGAGCGUUUGCACGCUGUGUGGCUGUGAGGUUUGGAGGGGCGAAGACACCCGGAUGCAUGGCUGAUCCUUCUCUGUGUGGAGCUUUUUAUAACUAUGAUGCCAGAGGAGCGGAUGAACUUUCUUUACAGAUCGGAGACACUGUGCACAUCUUAGAAACAUAUGAAGGGUGGUACCGAGGUUAUACCUUAAGAAAAAAGUCUAAGAAGGGUAUAUUUCCUGCUUCAUAUAUUCAUCUUAAAGAAGCGAUAGUUGAAGGAAAAGGGCAACAUGAAACAGUCAUCCCGGGUGACCUCCCCCUCAUCCAGGAAGUCACCACGACACUCCGAGAGUGGUCCACCAUCUGGAGGCAGCUCUACGUGCAAGAUAACAGGGAGAUGUUUCGAAGUGUGCGGCACAUGAUCUACGACCUUAUUGAAUGGCGAUCACAAAUUCUUUCUGGAACUCUGCCGCAGGAUGAGCUCAAAGAACUGAAGAAGAAGGUUACAGCCAAAAUUGAUUAUGGAAACAGAAUUCUAGAUUUGGACCUGGUGGUUAGAGAUGAAGACGGGAAUAUUUUGGAUCCAGAAUUAACUAGCACGAUUAGUCUCUUCAGAGCUCAUGAAAUAGCUUCUAAACAAGUGGAGGAAAGGUUACAAGAAGAAAAGUCUCAAAAGCAGAACAUAGAUAUUAACAGACAAGCCAAGUUUGCUGCAACCCCUUCUCUGGCCUUGUUUGUGAACCUCAAAAACGUGGUUUGUAAAAUAGGAGAAGAUGCGGAAGUCCUCAUGUCUCUGUAUGACCCUGUGGAGUCCAAAUUCAUCAGUGAAAACUACCUGGUUCGCUGGUCCAGUUCAGGAUUACCUAAAGACAUAGACAGAUUACAUAAUUUGCGAGCUGUGUUUACUGACCUCGGAAGCAAAGACCUGAAAAGGGAGAAAAUCAGUUUUGUCUGUCAGAUUGUUCGCGUGGGUCGCAUGGAGCUGAGGGACAACAAUACCAGGAAACUGACUUCGGGGUUGCGGCGACCUUUUGGAGUGGCUGUGAUGGAUGUAACAGAUAUAAUAAAUGGAAAAGUAGACGACGAAGAUAAGCAGCAUUUCAUUCCCUUUCAGCCGCUCGCGUUGGACGACGCCAUUCGACACAAGCCGCUGAACAUGUCAUCCCGUUUUUCACCCAGGGUGGCAGGGGAGAAUGACUUCCUUCAGACUGUUAUAAACAAAGUCAUCGCUGCCAAAGAAGUCAACCACAAGGGGCAGGGUUUGUGGGUAACAUUGAAAUUACUUCCUGGAGAUAUCCAUCAGAUCCGAAAAGAGUUUCCGCAUUUAGUGGACAGGACCACAGCUGUGGCUCGAAAAACAGGGUUUCCGGAGAUAAUCAUGCCUGGUGAUGUUCGAAAUGAUAUCUAUGUAACAUUAGUUCAAGGAGAUUUUGAUAAAGGAAGCAAAACAACAGCAAAGAAUGUGGAGGUCACGGUGUCGGUGUAUGAUGAAGACGGGAAACGAUUAGAGCAUGUGAUUUUCCCGGGAGCUGGUGAUGAAGCGAUUUCAGAGUACAAAUCUGUGAUUUACUACCAAGUAAAGCAGCCACGCUGGUUUGAGACUGUUAAGGUGGCCAUUCCCAUAGAGGACGUUAACCGCAGUCACCUUCGGUUUACCUUCCGCCACAGGUCAUCACAGGACUCUAAGGAUAAAUCUGAGAAAAUAUUUGCACUAGCAUUUGUCAAGCUGAUGAGAUAUGAUGGUACCACCCUGCGAGACGGAGAGCAUGAUCUUAUCGUCUAUAAGGCCGAGGCGAAGAAGCUGGAAGAUGCAGCCACGUACUUGAGUCUGCCCUCCACGAAGGCCGAGUUGGAAGAAAAGGGCCACUCGGCCACGGGCAAGAGUAUGCAGAGCCUUGGGAGCUGCACCAUUAGCAAGGACUCCUUCCAGAUCUCCACGCUCGUGUGCUCCACCAAACUGACCCAGAACGUGGACCUUCUGGGGCUCUUGAAGUGGCGCUCCAACACCAGCCUGCUGCAGCAGAACUUGAGGCAGCUGAUGAAGGUCGAUGGUGGUGAAGUAGUGAAGUUUCUUCAGGACACGUUGGAUGCCCUCUUCAACAUCAUGAUGGAGAACUCGGAGAGUGAGACUUUUGACACAUUGGUCUUUGAUGCUCUGGUAUUUAUCAUUGGACUGAUUGCUGAUAGAAAAUUUCAGCAUUUUAAUCCUGUUUUGGAAACUUACAUUAAGAAACACUUUAGUGCAACUUUAGCCUACACGAAGCUGACAAAAGUGUUGAAGAACUACGUGGACGGUGCUGAGAAGCCGGGAGUAAACGAGCAGCUGUACAAAGCCAUGAAAGCGCUGGAGUCCAUCUUCAAGUUCAUCGUGCGCUCCAGGAUCCUGUUCAAUCAACUGUAUGAAAACAAGGGAGAGGCCGACUUUGUGGAAUCUUUGCUGCAGCUCUUCAGGUCCAUCAAUGACAUGAUGAGCAGCAUGUCAGACCAGACCGUCCGGGUGAAGGGGGCAGCACUGAAAUACUUGCCAACGAUCGUCAACGAUGUGAAAUUGGUGUUUGAUCCCAAAGAGCUCAGCAAAAUGUUUACUGAAUUCAUCCUCAAUGUUCCCAUGGGCUUGCUGACCAUCCAGAAACUCUACUGCCUGAUUGAAAUCGUCCACAGUGACCUCUUCACACAGCAUGACUGCAGAGAGAUCCUGCUUCCCAUGAUGACCGAUCAGCUCAAGUACCAUCUGGAGAGACAGGAGGACCUGGAGGCCUGCUGUCAGCUGCUCAGCCACAUCCUGGAGGUGCUGUACAGGAAGGACGUGGGGCCGACUCAGAGACACGUCCAGAUUAUCAUGGAGAAACUUCUCCGGACCGUGAACCGAACCGUCAUUUCCAUGGGACGAGAUUCCGAACUCAUUGGAAACUUCGUGGCUUGCAUGACAGCUAUUUUACGACAAAUGGAGGAUUACCAUUAUGCCCACUUGAUCAAGACUUUCGGGAAAAUGAGGACUGAUGUGGUAGAUUUCCUAAUGGAAACAUUCAUCAUGUUUAAGAACCUCAUUGGAAAGAACGUUUACCCCUUCGACUGGGUGAUCAUGAACAUGGUGCAAAAUAAAGUCUUCCUGCGAGCAAUUAAUCAGUAUGCAGAUAUGCUGAACAAAAAAUUUCUGGAUCAAGCCAACUUUGAGCUACAGCUGUGGAACAACUACUUUCACCUGGCUGUUGCUUUCCUUACUCAAGAGUCCCUGCAACUGGAGAAUUUUUCAAGUGCCAAGAGAGCCAAAAUCCUUAACAAGUACGGAGAUAUGAGGAGACAGAUUGGCUUUGAAAUCAGAGACAUGUGGUACAACCUUGGUCAACACAAGAUAAAGUUCAUUCCAGAAAUGGUGGGCCCAAUAUUAGAAAUGACGUUAAUUCCCGAGACGGAGCUGCGCAAAGCCACCAUCCCCAUCUUCUUUGAUAUGAUGCAGUGUGAAUUCCAUUCGACCCGAAGCUUCCAAAUGUUUGAAAAUGAGAUCAUCACCAAGCUGGAUCAUGAAGUGGAAGGAGGCAGAGGAGACGAACAGUACAAAGUGUUAUUUGAUAAAAUCCUUCUGGAGCACUGCAGGAAGCAUAAAUACCUCGCCAAAACAGGAGAAACUUUUGUAAAACUCGUUGUGCGCUUAAUGGAAAGGCUUUUGGAUUAUAGAACCAUCAUGCACGACGAGAACAAAGAAAACCGCAUGAGCUGCACCGUCAAUGUGCUGAAUUUCUACAAAGAAAUUGAAAGAGAAGAAAUGUACAUAAGGUAUUUGUACAAGCUCUGUGACCUGCACAAGGAGUGUGAUAACUACACCGAGGCGGCCUACACCUUGCUUCUCCAUGCAAAGCUUCUUAAGUGGUCGGAGGAUGUGUGUGUGGCCCACCUCACCCAGCGGGACGGGUACCAGGCCACCACGCAGGGACAGCUGAAGGAGCAGCUCUACCAGGAAAUCAUCCACUACUUCGACAAAGGCAAGAUGUGGGAGGAGGCCAUUGCCUUGGGCAAGGAGCUAGCCGAGCAGUAUGAGAACGAAAUGUUUGAUUAUGAGCAACUCAGCGAAUUGCUGAAAAAACAGGCUCAGUUUUAUGAAAACAUCGUCAAAGUGAUCAGGCCCAAGCCUGACUAUUUUGCUGUUGGCUACUACGGACAAGGGUUCCCCACAUUCCUGCGGGGAAAAGUUUUCAUUUACCGAGGGAAAGAGUAUGAGCGCCGGGAAGAUUUUGAGGCUCGACUGUUAACUCAGUUUCCAAACGCCGAGAAAAUGAAGACAACAUCUCCACCAGGCGACGAUAUUAAAAACUCCCCUGGCCAGUAUAUUCAGUGCUUCACAGUGAAGCCCAAACUCGAUCUGCCUCCUAAGUUUCACAGGCCGGUGUCAGAGCAGAUUGUAAGUUUUUACAGGGUGAACGAGGUCCAGCGAUUUGAAUAUUCUCGGCCAAUCCGGAAAGGAGAGAAAAACCCAGACAAUGAAUUUGCGAAUAUGUGGAUCGAGAGAACCAUAUACACAACUGCAUAUAAAUUACCUGGAAUUUUAAGGUGGUUUGAGGUCAAGUCUGUUUUCAUGGUGGAAAUCAGCCCCCUGGAGAACGCCAUCGAGACCAUGCAGCUGACAAAUGACAAGAUCAACAGCAUGGUGCAGCAGCACCUGGAUGACCCCAGCCUGCCCAUCAACCCGCUCUCCAUGCUCCUGAACGGCAUCGUGGACCCAGCUGUCAUGGGGGGCUUCACAAACUACGAAAAGGCCUUCUUUACAGACCGGUACCUGCAGGAGCACCCUGAGGCCCAUGAAAAGAUCGAGAAGCUCAAGGAUCUGAUUGCCUGGCAGAUUCCUUUUCUGGCCGAAGGGAUCAGAAUCCAUGGAGACAAAGUCACGGAGGCACUGAGGCCGUUCCAUGAGAGGAUGGAGGCCUGUUUCAAACAGCUGAAGGAAAAAGUGGAGAAAGAGUAUGGCGUCCGAAUCAUGCCCUCAAGUCUGGACGAUAGAAGAGGCAGCCGCCCCCGGUCCAUGGUGCGGUCCUUCACGAUGCCUUCCUCAUCCCGGCCGCUGUCUGUGGCCUCUGUCUCUUCCCUCUCAUCGGACAGCACCCCUUCCAGGCCAGGCUCCGACGGGUUUGCUCUGGAGCCUCUCCUGCCAAAGAAAAUGCACUCCAGGUCCCAGGACAAGCUGGACAAGGAUGACCUGGAGAAGGAGAAGAAGGACAAGAAGAAGGAAAAAAGGAACAGCAAACAUCAAGAGAUAUUUGAGAAAGAAUUUAAACCCACCGACAUUUCCCUGCAGCAGUCGGAGGCUGUGAUCCUUUCGGAAACGAUAAGUCCGCUGCGGCCCCAGAGACCCAAGAGCCAGGUGAUCAACGUCAUUGGAAGCGAAAGGCGCUUCUCAGUGUCCCCCUCGUCACCGUCCUGCCAGCAAACACCUCCUCCGGUUACACCAAGGGCCAAGCUCAGCUUCAGCAUGCAGUCAAGCUUGGAGCUGAAUGGCAUGACGGGGGCGGACGUGGCCGACGUCCCGCCCCCUCUGCCUCUCAAAGGCAGCGUGGCAGAUUACGGGAAUUUGAUGGAAAACCAGGACUUGCUGGGUUCGCCAACACCUCCACCUCCACCUCCACACCAGAGGCAUCUGCCACCUCCACUGCCCAGCAAAACUCCGCCUCCUCCCCCUCCAAAGACAACUCGCAAGCAGACAUCGGUGGACUCCGGGAUCGUGCAGUGACGUCGCAAGGCUGUCUGGAAAGAGUGUGCUGCCCCUCCCCCGUCUCCAUGUCCUCUCCUUCCGUGUCCCCUGAGUCUGCUGUUUACCUCAUUGGGCCUGCGAUGUUAACAUUUCGUGCAAUUGCUUUUCCGUCAGAGGAGUUCAGUUCUCCCCAUGGAGUGAGUGGCCUAUGGUGUCAUGGAGCAGGGUGGGUCAGGGAGGUGGGUAUGGGCCCGGGAUGUGCCAUUGUGGUUAUCAGAGUUGGGGGCCUCUGAGAGAAUCUGAGUCUUGCCCAAACAUUCUCUCUUUUUGUGCCAAAUGACUUGCAUUUGCAAAGAGCUCAGUUGCCCUGAGCUCAGCCGCCCUGAGCUCAGCCAAGUAGGAGAGGCUAGGCCUUCACUCUUGGGAACCGGUGUAGUGACGAUGUAUAGGAAUCCUCCUCACUGCCAUGGGAUGUUUUAUCCAGCCCCUCCUUGUUCCGGCUGGUGGUGUGACUUCGUUGGUUGAGGUGUGUCUCCCGCCUGCAUCAGACAAUGAAGUUCAGCCCCUCCAGGGAAGCUCCUGAUUUCCCCUGGCAUAAUUUAAAAUAGGAUCUUUCUCAGCUACUGAACAGUUACUAAUUUAUGGGGUGGAAACAGCAUUAAAAAUACUGAAUCAAAUGGAAAAACAAGUGCAUAGAGGAAGAUAAAUUUUCGUUCUUUUCUGAAAAAGAAUGUGUGCACCACAAGAGCUGGUUUUAAUUGGGGGAACUGUUUUAGUCCUCAUUCUGUACAGAAAUUUGUAUAUAUGACGGUUCUUAGAACUUGUUUUAAUUUUUGUGGUCCUUCUGUUUAUUGUAAUAGGCGUCCACAAAUGAUUCUCCAUAUGUGUUCUUAAUUUUUAACUGCCGCAAGUGUUAAACACACACACACACACACACACACACAAAAAUUAAAUUUUUUUUUCAGAACUCCAAAGUCCUGAAAAUUUUGGUGGACAAUGAUUUUUAAAAAACUAACUUUGUAUAACCUAGUAUUUGUAUUCUCUCAUCUAUAUUUUUUUAUUCACUAUAAUCAUGAUACUCUUCUAAUAGACUCAAAAGUUAAUCAUUGACAAUGAAAAAUAAAAUGUUAUUUUAAAACAC